AUGUCCAUUCCUAAUGACACCCAGUUCCAUCCUUCUUCAUUUCUGCUUCUGGGAAUCCCGGGGCUAGAAGAUGUGCAUGUCUGGAUUGGAUUUCCCUUUUUCUUUGUAUAUCUUGUUGCACUCCUGGGGAAUUCUGCUAUAUUGUUUGUCAUCUGGACUGAGCACAGUCUCCAUGAACCCGUGUACUACUUCCUGGCCAUGUUGGAUUCCAUCGACCUAGGCUUGUCUACGGCCACCAUCCCCAAAAUGCUGGGCAUCUUCUGGUUUGGUCUGAUAGAUAUAUCUUUUGAAAGUUGCCUUUCCCAGAUGUUCUUCAUUCACUUCUUCACUGCCCUGGAGAGCAUUGUGCUGUUGGCCAUGGCCUUUGACCGCUACAUCGCCAUUUGCAAACCUCUUCGAUACAACAUGAUCCUCACCAGCAAAAUCAUCAGCCUUAUUGCAGGAGUUGCUAUCCUGCGAAGCCUGUGCAUGGUGGCUCCACUGGUGUUUCUUCUCCUGAGGCUGUCCUUUUGUGGAAACCGUAUCAUUCCUCAUACAUACUGUGAGCACAUGGGCAUUGCCC